AUGUCGACAAAGAAAAUCAUUGCGGUUGUUGGCGCGACCGGCACACAAGGCUCAUCCGUAGCCCGCGCAUUCCUCUCUUUACCGAACUGGCAUGUCCGCUGCUUGACCAGAUCGCCCUCCAGCAAACCAUCUCAGGCAUUGGUCAACGAAGGCGCGGAGGUUGCUCAGGCCGAUCUCAAUAAGCCAGAAUCCCUACGUGCAGCCUUUGCUGGCGUUCACGCCAUAUUCCUUAACACCGAUUAUUGGGAACCAUACAGACAGGCCGUCAAUUCAGGCAAAGACGCCACAACAAGAGUCAAAUUUGGCUACGAUACCGAGGUACAGCUAGGAAAGAACGCCAUCGAUGCUGCAUUGGAGGUGCCAACCUUGGAGAGAUUUGUCUAUUCAGCACUGGGUCCUAUGCACGCAGCUUCUGGGGGCAAAUACCCGUACUCCUAUCACUGGGAGACAAAAGCGCAUCUCGUCGACUACAUUGAAAGUACCAAGCUGCGGGAUGUAGCCUCCUUCAUCUACAUUGGAGCUUAUCUUACCAAUCAGUUUCUUUAUCCCAAGCUUGACAAUGACACUGGCGAAUACGCCCUUGUUUUGCCGGCAAGUAAACGAACUCGCUUCCCAAUCAUCAACACUGCUCGCUCCACAGGCCCGUUUGUUCGAGCUUUGAUUGAAGAGGAAGCAGCUGGGACAAAGUUGCUGGCAUAUGACGAGUACCUUUCAUUCGAAGAGAUUAUCAACACAUGGUCCAAGGUUACAGGAAGACAGGCAGUGUUUGUUCAAAUGGGUAUGCAGGACAUGCUUGAGAAGUUCGGUGUACCAAUUGAAGUUCUUGGAGCUCCCGCGUAUCUUGAUGACUUCAGUUACUGCGCUGGGGUUUCAAAUGUCAUCGAGCCUUCUCAAUUGAAGUCUCGUGUAGCCGUGAGAAGUUUCGAGGAGUCGCUGAGAGGAUUGGAAGCCGAAAUUCUUCUUGGGACUAAAGACUGGGCUUACUAG